UGUUCUAUCCAGUGGGUCAAAAUGAUAUUGUUCCAUCUUUUAUGUGCACUGGAGUUCCUCACACUGACACGUUGUGCCAGUGAUCCUGUGUUUGAGACAGAGACCUCCGAUGUGGGACAAACAGUGACUCUACGAUGUCCCCGUGAUUCCUCUGAGACCAACACAUAUUUGUACUGGAUCAGACUUCUCUCUGGAAAUGUGCCGGAAUCUUUAGGAGGAACUCCGUCAUUUAAUGAUAGUGGAUCAUAUGGAUCGCCACACUCUUCCAUUAAAACAAAACAAGAACCUGGAUCCUUCGUACUGAGUAUUGACAGACCACAGCUGAGUGACACUGGACUUUUACUACUGUGUGAAAGUACAAAAUCUGAACAAAAACAUGGACUUUGCCAGUGUCAUAUUUUUAAACAUGAAAGGCUCAGCCUCAGACGUGAGAGUGGAGAGUCCAGAUCUGUCUGGUCCAGUGGACUCAGGAGACUCUGUGGAUCUUCAGUGUUGGGUCCAGAUGGAGAAUGCUCAGUGUUUUGAGGAGCACAUGGUUUGGUGGUUCAGGUCUGGACUGGACCAGUCUGGUCCUGGUUUAGUCUACACUCAGAGGAACAGCUCUGCUCAGUGUAAGAGGAGCACAGAAGAUCCUGGUCCUCACAAAUGUCUCUACACUUUGUCCAAAACCAUGAGCCCCUCUGACACAGGGACGUACCGCUGUGCUGUGGCAGCCUGUGGACUCAUUCUCUUUGGGAAUGGGACUAAAGUCACUGUCAAAGAGAACAAGUGUGAUUUUGAGAAGACCAUCAUUAUCGUGCUAAGUGCUCUAUUAACCGUCAAUGUCAUCGUUAUAAUGGUUCUCAUUUAUUCCAUUAUAAAGAAGAAGUCUUGCACUUGUUUUUGUGAUGGACAAAAAGCUGAUGAUGUAAACAGAAGGGAACGCACAAGACAGCAGAGAGAAGAUGAACUGACGUAUUCUGCUCCAAAGUUCAACAAGAAAAAACCUGAGAAAACCCACUGCAGAAAGGUGAAAGCAGAGGAUUUUGUGGUCUACUCUGAUGUAAGGAAAUAAAAACAUGACCAUUUUAUAGAUAUUUAAAGAUGUAUUUUAUUUCAUGACCUUAUUGGCUGUACGACUCAAU